GUUAAAGUGUAAUUUUGCUCUAUAGGGUUCAUGAGCAGGUUCGUAUAAAGCCUCGUUAGCCUCGUCAGUGACCUUCUCAGUGUUGGCUGUGUGAUUGUGCCGCCGUCUGUGUCUGUAUUCGACCGGAAAAGAUUCAGCAGGACUCAAGAAUCAUCCGCCGGAAACCAUGGGUAUUUCUCGGGACUCUAUGCACAAGAGGCGCGCGACUGGAGGAAAGAAGAAGGCUUGGAGGAAGAAGAGAAAGUAUGAGCUUGGAAGACAACCAGCAAACACAAAGUUGUCGAGCAACAAGACUGUUCGCAGGGUGAGGGUCCGUGGAGGUAAUGUGAAGUGGCGCGCAUUGAGAUUGGACACUGGAAACUUCUCGUGGGGUAGUGAGGCCGUGACCCGAAAGACUCGUAUUCUGGAUGUUGUUUAUAAUGCAUCCAACAAUGAACUGGUUAGGACCCAGACUUUGGUGAAGGGUGCUAUUAUUCAAGUUGAUGCUGCGCCUUUCAAGCAGUGGUAUCUUCAGCACUAUGGGGUGGACAUUGGUCGCAAGAAGAAAACAGUUGUAAAGAAAGAAGGGGAGGAUAAUGAGGCCUCUGCUGCGGAAGAGGUAAAGAAGAGCAACAGUGUUCAGAGAAAACUUGAAAAGAGGCAACAGGAGCGUAAAAUCGAUACUCAUAUUGAAGAGCAAUUUGGCGGUGGCCGUUUGUUGGCGGCAAUCUCUUCCCGACCUGGCCAGUGUGGACGUGCUGAUGGUUAUAUUCUUGAGGGGAAGGAAUUGGAGUUUUACAUGAAGAAACUCCAGAGGAAGAAAGGAAAGAGCGCAGGGGGUGCUUAAAUUACAUCUGCAUUUUCAAUUUUUCCAGCACCUGAACUUUUCUGUCAUUGCAUUUAGCGGGACAAAUAGCCAAAUAGUUUUUGUUCGAGCAUUUAUACCUAUCGUCACUGAUGUGAGAUUUUGUGUAAGGUUGACUAAAUGCACUUCAUGCACUUCGGUUUUUUUGUAGUCGUCAUUUUUGCUGAUAGUUUGCUUUAUCCUCGGGCUGCAAAUCUUCCUUUUAUUUUACUCACUUGGUCUAAAUAUCAUAGAAAAUAAUGCCAUUUCCGUAGAAUUCAAAGAUUGAUGACCCAUCAAA